CAGCAGGGACACACACGCACACACUCACCAUGGCUCCUGCACUGAACCGCACACCGGCGUUGUGGUCGUGUGUUUGUCUAGCCUCGCUGCUUCUCUCCGGUGUGUUCUGCGACGCGGAGGCAGAGGAAGAUGAACACGCCAAGCACUCGUACACGGUGGAGAUGUUCAACGAGGCGGUGCCCACCGCGCCGCACUUUGUCAUGUUUUACGCCCCGUGGUGCGGCCAUUGCCAGAGAUUACAGCCAGCAUGGAAUGAACUGGGAGACAAAUACAACAGCAUGGAUGAUCCUCAGGUGUACGUGGUGAAGGUCGACUGCGUCCAAGACACCAAGUUCUGCUCCAGUGAACAUGGGAUUAGAGGCUACCCCACGCUUAAGUUGUUCAGGCCAGACCAGGAGGCAGUGAAAUACCAGGGGUCCAGAGAUCUGCAGUCCAUGGAGACGUGGAUGCUGCAGACACUCCAGGAGCAGCCUGGGGAACCAGAGACUGAACUGGAGCCCCCCAAAGCCCCAGAGCCCAAACAGGGCAUGUAUGAGCUCACCGCUCUGAACUUCAAGGCCCAUAUAGCCAAAGGUGCUCAUUUCGUUAAGUUCUUUGCUCCUUGGUGCGGCCACUGCAAAGCCAUGGUACCAACCUGGGAACAGCUGGCCAACACCUUAGAGCACGCCGAUGAUGUCAAGAUCGGGAAGGUGGACUGUACACAGCACUAUGAGGUGUGUUCUGACAACGGAGUGCGGGGGUAUCCCACACUGAUCUUCUUCAACAAUGGCCAGAAGACGGAACAGUACAAAGGAAAAAGAGACUUGGACUCUUUCAAAGACUUUGUGGACAAUCAGCUGAAGGCCGCCAUUGCUGAGGAGCCAGAGCAGGAACCAAGCAUCGAACAAAUGGCAAACGAGAUCCCAUCUGAUGAGCCGGCCAAAGAGGAGACCAGCGUGUUGGACCUGACAGAGACAAACUUUGAUGAGUCAGUGGCAAAGGGCUUCACCUUUAUCAAGUUCUAUGCUCCAUGGUGCGGCCACUGUAAGAAUCUUGCUCCAACAUGGGAGGAUCUUUCCAAGAAGGAGUAUCCUGGCCUCACUGAUGUCAAGAUAGCCAAAGUGGACUGCACCGUUGAGCGCACACUCUGCAACAAGUAUUCUGUACGAGGCUACCCCACGCUGAUCAUCUUCAGGGCAGGGAACCAGGGUGACGAGCACCACGGAGGACGGGACCUGGAGAGCUUGCACAGCUUCAUCAUGAGGCAGGCGAGAGACGAGCUGUAGAAAAACUGUGAAGACCGCGCCCACACUUCAUAUCUGACCAGUAGGACACCACUCUCUCUCUCGCUCGCUCUCAUACAGAAGCGAGCUCUCCCUUUAUCUCUCUCCACUCGGGUUUGGUGGUCUGGUCUUUCUCCAGUGUUCAAGGAGAGAAUGAUUCAGUUUGGGAUCUGUUGUAUUUGUCAUUGCUGUUAUUCGACCUCAAGUCUCCUAAUGGGGAGAAUAUUGUUUCAGUUGGGCCUGCACAUGAAGUAAUACUGUGUCUGACAUUCACUUUGCAAGCACUGCUCAAUUGAUCGGAACCAGAAUUCCUCAGACAGGUAAUGUUUAUUAAAAGGGUAACACUGAAAAGGUUCCUGGUUAAAAAUCAAUUGUUUCUGACUUAAACUUCUGUUGCCAUUUGACUUUUUUUUUAAAUAAAUGAAUUUUUUUAUACAUGGGAUCUGUUGUUAAAUCAUGAGCCAUUAAUGUUACGGUACUUGGUAAAAGCUUGCGUCAUCCGAAUGUUAUUAUUUUUGAGUUAAGUUGCGGGAAACUCAUAUCCACUCCACUAAUGGCUCGUCUGACUUAACACUCAGGGAAACCCAGGCUAGAGGGCGCUGUAGCGAAGGCUGCGUUAAGGGAGUCGGACAUGGAACAGGGACGCGACUUCAUUUUUCUCUUUGUGAUUAAGAGAAAAUAAAAGAUCUGAUUAAUUAUUCAUACUUGUUGGAAAGUACAGAAAAUUAGCAAAGAUCGAAGUCAUGCACCGGACUUCUUUUCCGACUCCUCCCGCCCUCUCUGCUCCUCCCAGUGUUCAGCCUCUCAUGCCUGGACCAUGUCGCUCCAUAUCUCUGUUACUGAACAUCUGUAGACUUACUGCUUCUUCUGUUCAUUCAGAAACAUCCAUCAGACAGUCAAAUGUUUCCGUAGAACUUUCCUUUCAAAAUAUCGCCAAAUUUAUGAAUGUAAUUUUUCGCUGGCACUGUUUUCUAAGUCAUCUUUUCAAGAAAAAGCGUGACAGCUUUUACGAGUUUUCCUCUGCGGUCAGACAUUUUUAUAAAGCAAUGUUAGUACUGAAAGAACUUAAGCUCAAAGCCAGCCAGGCUAUCUAGCAUCACAUCACUUCUCUUAGGAUGAUUUAGUUGGUGUGGUUGAUCCAGCUGCAUCUACCAUCUUUAUCAUUUGUCCCUAAUAGGGGCAGCCUGUUGCAUUAGUUUUCCGGUAUGCUUGGAACUUUCUGUGUGUCUCGACGACCCUGAAUUGGACGUAGGUGUGAUCAGUUGAGUGUAAAUGCCCAGUGUCAGAUGGGAUUGGCUCCUGCUGCCUCGUUGCCCUCAAAGGAUAAGCAGUAUAGAUAAUAGAUGAAUGGUUCUUAAUAAUCAUUCUGAUGUUAUAUUUUCUGUCGGUGGCUGUGAGACCAGUAUCUUGACUAAACAGGGGACUAUGACUCUGCUACAUGGGUAUUGGGUCUGAUCUUGGCUGCUAAUUCACCAUAUACAACCAAAAUAAACCAUUAUUAGCCUGGUUUUAACUUCCUAUUCUCACUGUAAGCAUUGGUUAGGUGUAUGUUUAGUCUACUGCAUACUGAGGCAUAGCAUGAACCCUCAAAUCCAACAUGUACUGAGGUAUUUAACUGUCAAAGGCCAAGGUUUGAGUAGGAUUCACAGUUUGAGGCUUUUCAUUUCCUUUUCCUGUGUUUAAACAUGUAGCGAUGUAACAAACUGCAUCCAUCCACAAGGCCGUGCCCACACCAUGCAAAUGCACAAUGCAGGGUGCCAUUUAUUGUCCAAACCAGGUAUACAAACAGUAAGACACAGCAGUUCUUUGUCAGUAAAAGUUUUUAUGGAUAGCACAUGGUCUUAAAAAAGAAAACUCCAGUGAGAAGUUUUUUUUCCUUGUGAGUCAUGGGUUGUGCUCUUCCCAUGGAUUUUGUACAAAAAAGGGUAAAUAAUGGCAAGUUGUAACAUGAGAUUUCAUAAUAAAUUUUUUCAAAAAUAA